AUGCCAAAAAUCGCUGAUUUUAGAAAUAUGGAAUUUUUGUCAUGUGUCAGUUUUUUUGACAAAAUGCUGAUUACUGGAAGCAAUAAAAACACAAUUUUUAUAUAUGAUAAAGAAGUUAAUAGCUGUUCUGAACUACCCUUGUUUAUAAGAUUUGGCUAUAAAAUUUUAGCUUCCUACCAAUUCAAAAUUUAUAUUAUUUUAUUUUGUGGGAUAGUUUAUGAGAAUCUAGGCGAUUUGAAGCUAUGGAAUAUCAUAUAUCUAAAUUUCAGCAGUUUGAAUUACCAAAACAUAAUUACUUAUACAUAUAAAUGCAACUCUCUUAUUAUAGCUGAUUAUCAUAACCUUUAUUCUUUUGAUUUAGACAAAAUAAAACUUGAAAAAAUUAAUAAAAAUUAG